AUGGUCUCCUCGGAACCCACUGUCAAACGAUCCUCUUCCUCCCUACCAGAAGGUGCAGACGCUCCUGAUGUAAAACCAACGAAACGCCCAUAUCACCAUCAUCAUCGCCUACAAAGUCCGGUCGCCCCAGCGUUGCCGGAACCCGCUAUUGUCGACGAGGCCUGCAUCGACCAUGUCCUCAACCGGUCUAUCGGGCAGUAUCUACAAGAAUGCGGAUUUGAUAUCGCCGACCCUGCAGCGCUGGACGCCUUUCGCAGGAUAACGGAGGAAUAUCUACUGAGAUUCGCCUCAUAUGUGCGCCAAGCGAUGCUAUCCAGCCGGCGCAUACAACCUAUCCCACAAGAUUUCGAAUAUGCCUUGAAAAGACAGUCCGUGCCUGUCGGCGACCUCCUUCCGCACGUGAAACGCCAUCCAAACAUCGAACCUAUCCCCACCCUCCUACCAAGCCCUCCGCCGGAAGAGGACUCAUUCAAGACUUUGCCGUCUUUAGGGCCGCAGCUCAGCGGCGAAGACGAUCGCGUCCACAACGCUCAUAUACCGAAACAUUUCCCCGAUUUUCCCAGUAAACACACGUAUCGUCACACGCCGGUUUUCACGGAACGAGAGCAAGAUCCGCGCGUCAUUCGAGAGCGAGCAACGGAGGAUGGUCGACAUGGCGAGGAAGCUUUGCGCAAGUUGGCUCGUGCAGCGUUCAAAGACAACAAUUCUGGCUCAUCGGUCCGGGAUAAGAAGCAAUGGGGACGACGAGCAGAGAGCAUGGAUGGAAUGUUUGAGAAGACGAUCAGAGCUCUCGCAAAGAAGAUGCAGAAGCCUGCGACGGCCCCUGGUUCUGCUGGUCCUAUGGAGAUCGACUCGGGAGCUGGUGCAGAUACAGAGGCCAAACCAUCCCGCUCGAAGCUGCCGUUAAACAUAGAGCUGCCUCCUAUCAUCAACUGCGAGAGAGACUUGUGGCGACGGGCGCCCACAUCUGGGAGUCGACGAACGGAAGAAAACAAGCUAUCAAGUGCGAAGGAUACGCCCGACAUGUCGAGGGUGGAUAGCUGGGCCGUUGAGCUGCUCUCCGCAGCGCGUUUACGCUCUUCCUCUUCUUUCGCUAUCCUGAUCGGUUCCCAAGCAGUCGUUUCCACCGGUAACUUACCGGCGAAACAGCCUCACAAUCGGCUUACAAUUCACCACGCCCGGCUUAGGAAUCCCUUCUUGCGGCGGAUUGCAGGAGUAUUGGACCAUCUCCAGCAGCUUGCAUUUCUCCAGCUCGACAGGGCCGCCUUUGCGACGCUUUUCUUGGAAGUUCUUCGUGACGAUGUUGACGUGCUCUGGAAGGGCCUCGGCGGAGAAAACGGGAACAAGAGGAGCCAUGGCGAAGAAUUCCUCUUAUUAAACCUAUCACAUGGGAUUGUCAAUAGUAACGCCUUGAGGCCCAGACUGGGUGUCCAGGUGCUUGAUGAUCUUCUGGGUGUCUUUACAACACCCGUCCCUGCUGCACAAGACAUGCAUCUGGAAAGGCAUGUGCCGCAGGACCAUUCCGGGGAUGCUCAGGGAGCUUACAUGGAUGAUCCUGAGGGCGAGCACCCAGCUCAAGGCGAACUUAUCAACGAUGAGCAUGCAGGCAUGCAUGGUCUGCCGAUGGUGGUACCAAACCACGCAGAACCAGUCCUGGAGAUCUCGAGCAGGCUGUCUGCAGCCGGGAAGUCGCAUCUUCUGUACUAUCUCGCUGCAGUUGCUAUUUUACCAUCUUUGUUCCGUGGUAUCCCGCUCGGUGGGCUUGAAUCGGCAGUGGUAUUUAUUGACACGGACGGCCGUUUUGAUGCUGAGCGGCUUAGAACAGUGCUGAGAGGGAUCGUGCACGCCAAUAUUAACGCACUGGCCCAGGAAUCGCCUGGAUGGACGUCCGAGGUUCGCAAUGAGGAAAUUGAAAGUAUGCUUGUCAUCAGUUUGCAACAUGUCCACGUCUUCCGCCCACAAUCGUCAUCUGCUCUCCUUGCUACACUUCAGCAUCUGGAUGCAUACGUACUUGAUCUAUCUCGCCAUUUAUCUUCCACCCGGCCGGUGCAUACUAUCUAUCUUGAUAGUGCCAGUGCUUUCUUAUGGCAGGAUAAAUUGCAGGACGAAAUUGCCCGAGUGGAAGAUAUCGGGCGCGCCCAUGCUGACCCGGAGCAUGAGCGUACUCAGAAACAACGGUUCCAGAUCUCAGAUCUCUAUGCUGCAUUUAUAGCAGAAUUGAAAGGACUACAGCGACUUUUAGGUUGUAUGGUGGUUUACACCACUACUGUUCAGGGAAGAUUCCCCGGUGCUCGUGGUGGUAACCCAGCGUAUACACCGUCAGGACCCUACGAUCUGUAUACCCCAGGUCCUUCCGUGGCAAAGGUGCCUUCUUUUGGGCCUGCUCUUCCAGCCCCUUGGGGUAGAUUUCCUACUCUGCGAAUUGUUGUUCAACGUGAUGCAGUUCGCCCCUUUCCGCCUACCAUGACUGCGCAGAAUGCGCAGCGCGGAGCGCCUCGUCGACAAGAAAUUGUCAGUCGCGGAAGGUUUUCCGGAUGGGUGAAUGAAUGGAGACGCGAGGAAUGGCCUCGUCGGGUGCUGGAGGGCUUGAAACAAAGUAAUGGCGGCAAAUUCGCCUUUCGCAUAGGAGGAGAUGGGGUCGACAUUGGCUGA